UUACUGUGACCAAUCCGUCCAAACAAAUGACUGACCCAUCGAUGGCUCACUUCCCAAACAUUCCUAUCCGUCAAAUGAGUUUCAGUCAUCACUACAACGAUGACAGCGAUUGUCCGCCACAACCACCGCCCCGAAGACGUAACAGUGCUGUCGGACACAAGAAUAAGACACCACUCGAGCGAUUCAAACACUUUGAUGACGAUAUGAAUGGCGAUAAGUUCUCUGACGACAAUCAAAAGGAGGGUCCGUCUCAUCAAAUCUCGAAACUAAAGGAGAUCCAUGAGUUGUCGAUCCAAACCCCCGGUCGUGUCAAAGAACGCGCACAAAAGAUCGAUAAAAUGGCAUCUCUUACCGAACUGAAGCCCCCGAUGCCCUCAACAGCACCGGCCGCCACUCUCGGCAACAGCACACGACCCAAG